UCUCACAUAUUUUUGGUUUAACUCGUUUAACAUUGCACUUUAUGAGUUAUGUGAUGUGUUUUUAACAUCUUAGGCGUUUCCGGGAUUCUUUGAAAAUUUAGAUGACAUAUGUCUUGCCGAUAAGAAUGGAUAAAAAAACCGAUAUAAAGAUUGAAUUUGCUGUGCAAAUCGUCGACCAUCGAUGCGUCGAGAAGGUACGCGAAGCACUCGCGGAUGUUGGCCAGGUGCAUAUCGAUCAAAAGAAAGGUAGUGUACUAGUGGAGACGGUUCUUCCUUGGAUUGAUAUACAACGACGAAUCGAAGCUACUGGUAGACGAGCGGUACUGUCAGGCUUUGGUGGACAAUCCGCAGUGUCUAUCGUAAACUACGGCAAUGAAAAUAGUAAGAUACGCGGAGUAGUUCGGUUCUGCACAGCAGCUAAUACGGGAACUAUCGUAGACGGCAUAGUAGACGGAUUGGAAGAAAAUAAGCCAUAUAAGCUUAACGUACAUGAAUGUGGUGAUUUAUCGAAAGGAUGUGCCUCUGUGGGCGAAAUAUAUAAUUCCAGCGAUAUUCGGUCGGAUGAAAACGGCAGAGCAACUAUAAGGCUUUAUAACGAAAAGAUUGCAGUAGGUGAUUUGAUUGGAAGAUCCGUGGUAAUAGCUAAGACGCAUAACGAUGUAAGGUUGGCGUGCGGAAUUAUAGCUCGAUCGGCCGGUAUCUUUGAAAAUUAUAAAAAGAUAUGUGCGUGUGACGGUGUAACAAUUUGGGAUGAACGUGACAGACCAUCAGCUGGAAAUAACCGUCGCGUGGAACAAAACUCAGCACUUUAAUUAAGCAACAGAUAAAAGUAAAAUAAUUGUUAUAUUAGUCGUGGAUUAAACAACGAUCUUAUGUUUUAU